UUGGCUCUGUCAUCAGGCUUGGAUAUUGCUCUGCUGCUGCUGCUGCUGCCGCCUCUGCUGCUCUCGCUGUGUAUAUGUAUAUGUGUGUGUCUGUGAGUGUGUGUGUGUGCGUGCGUGUGGAAGCCUGAUGAAAUGAAAUGCCAGGAUUGGGCUACCUCCAGGGAGAGCCUCUCCAUCCUAUAAUGUGAGCCAGCCAGCAGCACUCGGGGAUCAGGGAGAAGCUGCAUCCAUCAAGCGACGGGCCUCAGAAGGACCAGGCGUGAUCCAACGGGAGGGGAGAUUUUUUUUUUUAAAUUAUUCUUCUCUGCCGUGGAGAGAAGGGAUUGUCGUCAUCCCCCUAUCCAUCCUUUUUUUUUCUCUCUAGUGCCCCCUCCUUCCUCCUCCGCCUCCACUCUCAUUUUUUCCCCCUCAUUCUUCUAGAGGCGCUCGUUGGAAUAUCAAACCUCCAUGUAUGACAAUUUGUACCUGCAUGGAUUUGAAGACUCGGAGGCGGGCUCAGCUGAUUCAUAUACUAGCAGACCAUCAGAUUCAGAUGUCUCUCUGGAGGAGGAGCGGGAGGUGCAGGCCCAGGUCCAGAGCCAGAGCCCCAGCCAGAGCCAAGGACCGGGACAGAGUCGUCAGGAGAGGGAGCAGCAGGCCGCCAUUCAGCUGGAGAGAGCCAAGACUAAACCUGUGGCAUUUGCUGUAAGGACCAACGUCAGCUAUUGUGGAGCUUUGGAUGAGGAUGUUCCAGUACCAGCCACAGCCAUCUCCUUUGACGCCAAGGACUUCCUCCACAUAAAAGAGAAGUUCAACAAUGACUGGUGGAUCGGUCGGUUAGUGAAGGAGGGCUGCGAGAUCGGCUUCAUUCCCAGCCCUCUGAAGCUCGAGAACAUUCGACUCCAGCAGGAGCAAAAGAGAGGACGAGUCCAAGGUAAGUCUGGAGGGAACUCUUCUUCCAGUGUAGAGGAUGAGGUAUCUGCCUCUAUCCGACCACUCAUUUCUUCGGCAGGAAAGCAGAAACAGAAAGUGACGGAGCACAUCCCCCCGUACGAUGUGGUUCCCUCCAUGAGGCCCGUAGUGCUGGUGGGACCCUCGCUCAAAGGAUAUGAGGUAACAGACAUGAUGCAGAAAGCGCUAUUUGACUUUCUCAAGCACAGAUUUGAUGGCAGGAUAUCUAUCACACGAGUUACAGCAGAUAUAUCUUUGGCUAAGAGGUCUGUUCUCAACAACCCCAGUAAGAGAGCCAUAAUUGAAAGAUCCAACACUCGCUCCAGUUUGGCUGAGGUGCAAAGUGAGAUCGAGAGGAUCUUUGAGUUGGCGCGAUCUCUGCAGUUGGUGGUGCUUGACGCCGACACCAUCAACCACCCAGCCCAGCUCCUCAAGACCUCCCUGGCCCCGAUUAUCGUCCACGUUAAAGUCUCUUCGCCAAAGGUUCUGCAGAGGCUAGUCAAGUCCAGAGGGAAGUCCCAGAGCAAACACCUGAAUGUCCAGCUUGUGGCAGCAGACAAAUUGGCCCAGUGUCCACCGGAAAUGUUUGACAUCAUCCUGGAUGAGAACCAGCUGGAGGACGCCUGUGAGCAUCUCGCCGAAUACCUCGAGGCCUACUGGAAAGCAACCCACACCUCGAUGGCCACCCCUCUAAACCCCCUGCUGGGACGCAACCUGGGCCCCACCACACUCACCCCCUACCCCACCAGCAUCUCUGGACUGCAGCAGAGCCAAAGAAUGCGACAGAGCAACCACACAGGAGACCAUUCCACCCCGAACGAACGGCGCAACCUGAUGACAUCGGACGAAAACUACCACAACGAGCGGGCGCAUAAGGGACGCAACCGCAUGUCUUCUGGCUCGCAGCAUAGCCGAGAGCAGCAGGACCCGUACCAGGACUACCAGGACCCCUAUCAGGAUGCAUACAAGCCACAUCGCAAUCGCAGUUCACCGGGCAGCUACAGCCAUGACUCCCGGCACCGGCUCUGAACCCACUCCUACCACCACCAGGGCCCAAAUAGGCCCAGAUUCCAUCCAAAACAAACGCUGCAAUAGAGCAAAGACGGUCCCAAAUUGUACCUUUCUGCUUUUGUUUUCCUUACCUGGCUAUUUUUCUCUUUCAAAGUCAAACAAAAACAUGUUCAGGUAUUUGAUUUUAAUCGAGCUGUCAGGGCAACCCCCGUCAAUCAAGUAGUUAGGAGGUUCAGGAUGCCAACAUUAACGAAUACUGUCAAACCAAUUCCUUUAAUUUGUGUUUCUGGGACCUUUUGGGAUUGUACUAACACAGAGCUCAGCAGAUGUGCAGCGCAGAUUGUGCUUGUUGCCCGUGUCAACAAGCUAAUUAUGGAUAGUGGUCAGAUGGUGAUGAUGUGUGGGCUUCAGAGUGCCUGGAACAUCACACCAGGUCACAGGAAGUCCACUGCACACAGACUGCUGAAGGCUGCUGCCCUCCUACCACGGGCCAUGUAUAAAUCCUCUCACCAUUUAGCUUAUUGCAUGCUGAUAGAUGAUCAACCUCCGCAUCCACUUCACUGAUAUUUUGUACGUAGCUUUCUGGAUUCUCCCUUGACGAGGUGUAGAUACGGAGGUCCAAUUUUCUAAAUCACCCAGUUGUGGACAGGCGGUUGGUGGUGGUUUGCGGUUCGGUGUGCAGACGAUAUCUGGCUGCUAGUUUUGAAAACUGGUGCUUCACAUUCCCAAACUAUUUUGCUAUUUGAAAGUCACUUUGAGCAAAGGCCAGCUUUUCUGUAGCAUAGUUUUAGGAUUUAAUUUGGGUGAAGACCCUCACCGUCAUAAGCAGAACAGAUUGUGAUGGUGCUGGGAUCAGAUCUCAGUUACACUGUAGGGGAAGGCUAUACUGCUUCUGUUCUCAACAGCUAGCACUUAGAAAGUUAGGGAAGGCGUAGCUGUGACAGUGUGUCUGAUAGCGUAGUGAAAUACAAUAGCAAAAUACUACUUGAGAUGCAUUUGAUGUUGUUGAGAUGUGGACUGGCUUAAAAACCAAUGCUGUGAAAACCUCUUGAGCAAGUCGGAUGUUUUUGCCCCUCGUUUGAUAGACUUUAAAGAGCUGCUCCUGAAGCGGCAACUUGUUUUGUUUUUUGUCAGCUUUAAAUUGAAAGAGGUUAAACACACACACAGAUGUUGGUUGCCGGGAAGCCAUGCCAUUCGCUAUCGAAGUUCCUUUACUUGGUCUUAGGAGAGCGAAACAGCAAAGAUGUGACAUGGCAGGAUCGGUUGCAUCACGUUCAUUCUCUGUGUAGCUGGCAUGUUGUCCUGACUGCAGAGCAUGUUCCCUCCAAACGUAAAAUAGAACCCUACUGUAAUCAACUUGAUGUUUGUAGAAGUAUGGGGCACCUUCAAAAAAAAAAGAAAAGAAAAUGACGUCCGUGGAUCCCUGAGGUUUGUAACUCAGUCAAGACACUGAAAUGACACAGAAAAAUAAUUCAAGCAUUGAUCAUUCAGAAAGAAUUGCAUGAUAUAAAAGUGGAGCCAUCCUACUGGUAGAAGUUUCUGUUAUAUGGUAGAACGUGCACUGAAAUAACUGACACAGCCCUGACAAAAAGGCUCCGAGUUUACCGAACACACAUGGUGCUUUGUAUGGAACUUGCUGCGAAUUGCUGAUGACGUUUUUAAGCCUUGUUGUCAUUAUUUAUUGUACAUAUUCUUUUAAGAAUUAUCUUGUGAAUAUGACUUAAUCAUCUUAUUAUCUCCAGACAGCAAACACUACAGACAGAGUCUUUAGCCUGGAAAAGUAAAUUAGACAGAGUAGAACAUUCUUAAUCUAAGUCUUCAUAUAAUUUAUCCAGAUUGGAGGUCUUGGAGAGAAUUCUUAUGGUCCAAUAGUUUGGAAUAAUGAGAUCAACAAGUUCAAAAAGGGAGUAAAUAUGGACAAGUGGUGGUGGAUGUUUGAUUGUAUAACAGUUUGUAGUCUUGGGAUGAAAAGAUAACAAGUCUUCUAUAAUUUUGGCUGCUCAUGGCUUCCAUAGUUUGAUCUCUUCAGGUCAAGGAAAACCGUGAUUUGUUCGUUAUCUGAUUCAUGUGUUUUGCUGGCGGCGUGUCUUUAAUUUGUCCUUAUUCUGUGUUAUUUUACACACAAAUAUCUUGUAGCAAAUGAGCAUACAUACAACCUCCUGUAUGACAUGACAACCAACACUAACCGUAGUUCAGGCUGUGAAUUCGUUGGAUUUCAUGAGGCUACGCUGAAUUUGUAAUGCCACAAUAUUACAAAUCACAAGAAUUCACUUUUUUUUUUUUCCUCUCAGUGUGUGUAGGACCAAACCUGACAAUUAAAAUAACCCCAAAAUGAACUAAACUAUUAAUGAAAAUCAAGUUAACUGGGAAAUAUGUUAAGAUUGACUCAAAUAAAUUGUAUUCAUUUGGUUAAAAAUGGAAAAAUCUAUUCAUAAAAUGUACAAAUUAGGGAAAUAACUUUAUUUAUCCGAAUUAUUUUAACUUAUUUUAACAUUUCAAGUUUGCUUAAAACACAUUUUCUACAAAGUCAAGUUUGGUCCUUCAGUCACAACUCUAAUCAAGAAAGACAAAGCCAGUUAAAUAUAACUUUUAAAGGGGAAAAACAUCUUAGCAAAGUGAGACGAUGUUUCCUGAUGUGCUCUCUUUAUCAGAAAUGUACAGUAUGAAACAGAACAUGCUUGUCUAAAGAAUUUUCUUUGGCAUGUCGAAGCUAUUUUUCACAGUUAGACUUCUUCCCUUCUGACAGAAAUGAUGUACAGUAGUUACUGCUGCAGCACCACAUUAGAUUGGUGCCUUACAAAGAGUGAAUUAUCAUCUAAUGUUUUUUUUUUUGCCUCAGAUCUAUACAGAGUGUUGUCUAGUUAAGAUACUGAUCGGAAACUGCUUUAAUAAGAGCUUAAGCUGCUUUUAAGGUGAUUUUCCAUUUUAAAAUUCGAACAUUUCUGAAAUCCAAUGAGAAAUAUGCAGAAUUAUCAUGAAGUUGUAUGAGGAAUUCAGGAAAAUUUCAGGGGCUGAUGAAAUACUUUUUGAACUAAUCAGACAAGAAAUAACUCAAUUUAAUGACAUAUAAAUAUAACAUCUUUCUGAUUUUAGGUUUGUGACAGAAGAACUGUUUGUUGUAUGUAAAGGGGGUCUUAUUUUCUGGAUCAUGGGAUGCAGAAUUGUCCAGUAUGUAGGUAAAUUUUCUGCUUUUAAUCUGCAUUAGUAUCUCUUUUGGUCGACUUCCUGAAAAUCUUUUACUCUCAUUUGAUUCUUCAGAAAGUGGGCAGAAAUUCUGGCCUAUAUACAAGAUAUUUGACUGUCCCUGAGAAUUUUACAGCCUGACACAGCUUUGCAACGUCUUGCCAAUUUGUGAGGCCUAAUUAGAGAAAAAGAGAACAUGGCUGAAUGCCCCACUAAUCUUCCUCCCUUCACUUCCCUGACCUGACAGUAAAUGCUGAGUGUUCCCCUGGUUUAAAGCAGCUCUUAUAGAUUUAGAUAAAUGCAAAACUAAGGUGCGAAAGAUCACUUUGUAGAUCUGGAUAAAAAGAACUUGCAUAGCACAAAAGAGUAAGCAAAAAGCUAAGGUGGUUUUUGAGCAACUGUUCCUACAAUGUGAAUCUGGUACAAGGGCACACGAUAUUUCUGAUUUCUUUGCCCUUUCUUUAUUGUUUUUAUUUCUUUGUUGUCCACUGGUUUGUUAAUGGACGGAAACACUAAGACUCCAAAUGAUAAAAGAAAGUGCAUAAUGCUACUGUUUACAAGCAGCUUCUCUGUCUCAUUGUGCCCACAUAGCAUAAAGAAAUCCCAUUGGUUGAGUAAACAGGGAGCCAUUUUACCAUUCGAAAUCAAACCAACCAAUGUCGAGCUGGGCUGCUUGAGACAAUCAGAAGGGAUUUCCAGACCAGCGUCCCACCAUCCCUCUCUUUGUGAACGCCCGAAACGAUGAGAAAUGAGAAUUUUACGGAAUUGGAGCAGAACAAAAUGACGCCACGCUCGCUCACAGACCUCAAAAAACAAAGUCUGCUUUCUUUUAUUUUUGCCUAUACGUGUGGCCAAACUUUUGUCUCAAAACAAACAAAAAAAAAUCAUUACUGAUUUUAUUUUUUCACUGAUUAAAUCUCAAGGUGACCACAAAAUCCAGAACUUCUAGGGAGGAUUUUCUUUGGUAAAAUGUAAAAAAAAAAAAAAAAAAAAAAAGACGAAAAGAAGUAUAAGAACAAACAUUUAUUCCAGUAGUAAAGUAAUAGAUGAAUAUUUGCUGGCGAUUAUUUUUAUAACAAAUAAAUGUACAUAAUGUCUUUGAGAGAUGCUAUUUGCUGUAUACAUGUGCUGAAAUGAGACGACGACAACCCAUGUGGGACUCCUGGGACAACAGCAAGGUCCAGUAUACAAAGUUUCAGUAAUGUGCAAUACAAAGCGGCAUGCUGGUUUAAAAUGAGGAACUUCAUGUACUGUACUAUGCAACCGCAAACUGUGUACAUCGCUUCAUGCUGUGGCUUCUCCAACCACCCUUUUCCAAGCAGCUUCAUCUGGACUUUUAAGGGAUUUUUUUGUGUUGAUCUGUUUCUUUUGUUUGUUCGUUUCUUUCUGUGGAAGAUGAAAACCUAAGCGGCUAAUGCGGUAUUGCAUGCAUAAUAUACCAUUCUGAUUUAUAAAAAGGAAUUAAAAAGAAAAAUACAUGAAAUUGGAGGUGAUUGUGUUUCAGGCAAAGCUACAAGUGACUUAAAACAUUUCUUUUUAAAAAUAAAAGAGUCGUUCUACA